UAAAGCCCAAAAGGAAAUCCGAAACCCUAAUUGGCUGAAUUUCUCUCUACUCUCUUCGUCUUCGUUCUUCAAUUCUUCUCGCUUCUCACUGACACCACCGCGAAGCAGCUUCGCAUCCUCCUCUCGCCGCCUUCUCCUCUUUGUAUAUUUUGAAUUUGCGUAGUUGUUUAUAAUUAUUUUGCACAGGGUCAUCAAGUACAUUACCUAGGGUUUUUCGUUGAAAGAGAGAAGAAGAAGAUGAGUAGAAGCUUGGGAAUUCCAGUGAAGCUUCUUCACGAGGCUUCGGGUCACGUUGUCACCGUUGAGCUCAAAAGCGGAGAACUCUACCGUGGCAGCAUGAUUGAGUGUGAGGACAACUGGAACUGCCAACUCGAGAGUAUCACAUACACUGCGAAGGAUGGAAGGACAUCGCAACUUGAGCAUGUGUUUAUUCGAGGAAGCAAAGUUAGGUUUAUGGUCAUACCAGACAUGCUUAAAAAUGCUCCAAUGUUUAAGCGCUUGGAUGCAAGAAUUAAGGGCAAGGGUGCAUCUCUGGGUGUUGGUAGAGGCAGAGCAGUUGCAAUGCGAGCAAAGGCUCAGGCUGCUGGCCGUGGAGCUGCACCUGGAAGGGGUGUACCACCUGUCCGCAGGUGAUUGCCAUUCGUAUAGUCUCUCAUUUGCCCUGUCUGUUGGAUAUGAUGUUUAAGCUUGUUGUUGAAGACUCAUGUUAUGAGAGAAACUCCAAUAGAAGUUACCUCUGAAGAAUGUGUUCCUAACAAUUUUUCCUUCUAGGAUAAUUUUAUAUUAUGUUAAAUAUUGAAACUUGCUGCUAGAUGCCUGUUACUAGUGUGCUCUAAAUAGAAUCUAUAAAAUGGUUUGCUCUUGACUCUGUUCA